AGCACUACAGUAUAUACACACGAUACAAUAAUACCGUCAGAACAGUCGUUCACGAAGCAGCGCUGGUCUCGAUGUGUCAUUGACAAUGAAAGUACCAGCGGGCUCAAAUACCGGGGCAACUGUUCAGAUGUCUGUGGACUGUUCUCCAGACAUCCAGGGGACAUCAGCUGUGAAAGGAGAUGGACCGCAGCCUGUCCACAGGUCCAGUAUCGGACAGUGUAGGUGCAGGUGCGCUCACGCCAGGUUGCAGAACUUUCUGCUGCCGUUGACUCUUGGUAUAGCGGUGCUCGGACUUCUGGUUGCUGCACGUGCAAAUUUCAGAGAGGUUAGCACGUGCAGAUUAAGUGCAGAGGAUAAACUAUUGUUGCAAAAAUUACAAUCAUUUAAUACUCCACACAAGGGUGAAGAUGAGGAAACAGAGGAAAUUGAUCUUAGCCCCCAAGAAUUCCUGACAAGUCAUUCUCAGCAGAUCAACGACGUGGUUGAGGAUGAUGUCGGUGGCGACACCGUGGGCGGCUUGUCUCUCCUGCACCGUGUUGCACGAGCGGCAGGUACGACAGCGGCCCCUCGGCGCAAGUCCAAAAAAUCUAAAAGGCGGAGGAAGUCCCAGUCCAAGUCCAAGUCCAAGUCCAUCCGUGCGGCCCACUACAUCCCCAAGUUCUGGAAAGACAGGACGGAGGAGGAGUUUGGGCGUGAUACAAUGUGCAUUAGUGUGGCUAAAUGGGGCGGUCGGGCAUGCAGAAACCGAACUCUUGAAAUGAAAUCUGGGAGUAUGAAGUUCUUCCACCCUGCCGACUGGGUGGCCAGGAACCGCCAUAUCAACAUGCCCGCCACACAGGACGAGGACAGUGGGAAGUUCACGAUCACGGAGAGCGGCCUGUACCUGUUAUAUAGCAGUGUGAGUGCCAGUAUUCUGUUCUACGACAGCAAGCUGAAACAAAGCCAGGCGAUCAUUAAGAACGGCCAGCGACUGUUUAAGUGUAUGGAGGGGGUGGACUACAUCAACAUGACAGCUGGGAAGACCUUCAACUCCAAAUACAGAACAUGCAGUAACUCAGGUGUGACAUAUCUCGAGAAGGGAGAUGUGAUAUCCGUGGAUCUCCUCUAUGACAACACUGUCCUUGACCUAUCAGAAGACUCGACAUUCUUUGGCUUGGUGCAAUUACUUCCGGGUCCGAAGAAGAAGAAAUCCCGAUCUUAGCCAGUACCCUACAGCAUAGAGAACACUCGUCUGGCAGCAACAUCAGCAACAACAGUAGCGGCAACAACAGCAGUGUGUGCGUGAACUAUGCUGACAGUAUUGACGUCAUUCUUGACGUAAUCAGGGCUGAGGGAAGACGUAGGUAGGCCACUCCCGUCCUACCCAGGACAACAAUGUGUACAGUUUGUUUGCACUGUAAAUAUCAGAAACGAGCACUCGAACGUGUAUAUAGCUGCUAUAUUUCAGAAUCUCUGUACAUACAAAUUUCGCGUCAUUAUUCACAGGACAUUUCGCGUUCAUACAACUAUGUUUGUUGUGAUGUUCUGCCUGACAUUCAGUCCGCCCACACAUUAACGAACAUUGGAUCCAUUUACACUCAUUCCAGUAUCAUAUAUGUACAAUGACAUGUGUUCAUACAAACAAAACUAAUCUACACUAUGUAAUUAACCUCGCCCAUUCAUGCAGUUAGAAAGGCUGUUAAGGGUUGGCAUGCACGUGACAUGACAGCAUUCAGUCUUGAACUUAUUAUGAUGAUCAUAUAUUUGUACAUAUUCAUCAUUAUAGACGCGUCAGUGCUUUCACUACACUGUCAGAGACGGAUUGUAAAUAUCGAGCUGUACAUCACACAACCGUUGGACGACCCAUGAGAAGGUUUAAUGCAUUUUGAACAACACGUCUGAACAACAUGGAGAGAAUGUCAUUGUUCUUAAAGGUGCCUUUUGACACGGUAGGCAGUUAUAUGUAAAUAUGUAAAUAAACCGAAUAAUUCUCCUUUCAAGUAUUGAACAACAACACUGCUAUCAGGAAGUGUUACAGUCUCUUCAGGGGUCAUAUUGCAGUGUUACAGUCUCUUCAGGGGUCAUAUUGCAGUGUUACAGUCUCUUCAGGGGUCAUAUUGCAGUGUUACAGUCUCUUCAGGGGUCAUAUUGCAGUGUUGUGGUCUCUUCAGGGGUCAUAUUGCAGUGUUGUGGUCUCUUCAGGGGUCAUAUUGCAGUGUUGUGGUCUCUUCAGGGGUCAUAUUGCAGUGUUGUGGUCUCUUCAGGGGGCAUAUUGCAGUGUUGUGGUCUCUUCAGGGGUCAUAUUGCAGUGUUGUGGUCUCUUCAGGGGUCAUAUUGCAGUGUUCCAGUCUCUUCAGGGGUCAUAUUGCAGUGUUGUGGUCUCUUCAGGGGGCAUAUUGCAGUGUUACAGUCUCUUCAGGGGUCAUAUUGCAGUGUUGUGGUCUCUUCAGGGGUCAUAUUGCAGUGUUCCAGUCUCUUCAGGGGUCAUAUUGCAAUGCUGUGGUCUCUUCAGGGGGCAUAUUGCAGUGCUGUGGUCUCUUCAGGGGUCAUAUUGCAGUGCUGGGGUCUCUUCAGGGGUCGUAUUGCAGUGCUGUGGUCUCUUCACGGGGACAUAUUGCAGUGUUAUGGUCUCUUCAGGGGUCAUAUUGCAGUGCUGUGGUCUCUUCAGGGGGCAUAUUGCAGUGUUGUGGUCUCUUCAGGGGUCAUAUUGCAGGGGCAUAUUGCAGUGCUGUGGUCUCUUCAGGGGUCAUAUUGCAGUGCUGGGGUCUCUUCAGGGGUCGUAUUGCAGUGCUGUGGUCUCUUCACGGGGGCAUAUUGCAGUGUUAUGGUCUCUUCAGGGGUCAUAUUGCAGUGUUAUGGUCUCUUCAGGGGGCAUAUUGCAGUGCUGUGGUCUCUUCAAGGGGCAUAUUGCAGUGUUGUGGGAUCUUCACGGGGUCAUAUUGCAGUGCUGUGGUCUCUUCAGGGGUCAUAUUGCAGUGUUAUGGUCUCUUCAGGGGGCAUAUUGCAGUGUUAUGGUCUCUUCAGGGAUCAUAUUG